CGCGCCGGCGGAAUGCACUGUGUGCUCGCUGUCCUUGUGGUCGUCUGCGCCAUGACGUGGCAUGCCAUGCGACCGACGCCAGCAGACAUCAAUAGCAUCACGUUUGCCGUCUCGCCCGUGACGCCGGGCAACUUCUCCGGACGCGUGUACCUGCGCGACACGACGGCCUUCAACCGGCUGCCCGAGUACGUCAAGGCUGGCAGCCGCCGCGUGCACCAGCACUCGCCUGUCAUGACGCCUCUCGUUCCGUCGACGACGGGCUUUCUCGAUGGCGUCAGCAUGGCGUACGCCCAGCACCUCCACUUGGUGCUGCGGCCUGACGACAUUUGGCUUGCGCUCACGAGCCAGUUUGGUGUGUACGUCGACGGCAGCAGCGAAGAAAUUCGGUCCCUACUUGUCAAGCACCGCGAAGGCAAGAUCGAGCUCAAGGUCAAAGUGGCGGGCACGGUAGACACGGUCGACUUUGGCGCCUUUUCGAAGAGUAUGGUCGACGAGAUGCGCGCGCACUUGGUGGACCCGACGCUCGCCGACGUCUUGCUACCCAACUUUACGACGACCACGCCCCACGACCGCAUCACAGCGAGCAUUCUGACGAUGGCUACGAUGAAAAAGUUCUUCAAGUACGGGUUCGAAGUCACGUGUGGCAUCCCAACCGUGACGCUCCGCGGCUCGGUCGACGACUGGCAGCAAAUUCGGUCGCGCAUCGAGCACUUUCGGGCGUAUGGCGACCGUAUGCAGACGUGGGUCGACCUUCUCAGCGGCGUCCUCGAUCAGUUUGUGGCGGCGGCCCGUGGCGAGCCCGACACGGCGUUUUGGCAAACGAUCUACCACAGCUUCCACGAAGGCUGCGCUCCUGAGGCAACUCAUGUGAGUGGCUGGAUGAGCGUCUUUGCCGUCUUCGACAAACAAGGUAAAUGGCAGGGCGAUGAGCGUACGACCAGUUCCGGCAAGACGUCACUGUACCCGGUUAUUCAGUUUGAGAAUUUGCCACCCGGCUACGCCACGGUCGACGUUGAGAUUGAUGACCAUGGCGUCAAGAUGGACGCGAUCAUGCUCGCAGGUCACAUGUCGUAUACGAUUCAAAACAACAACACAAUUGUCCCGCAGCUGGGCUGGGCGAUGGCGCUCAAGUCCCAAUGACCAACCUAGUCGACUGUUGACUAUCAGCAUGUAUCGAUCGACAUCAACCCUCAAAUAUACAACUAAGUCUGGAUCGGAAGUACAGAUGUUUCAUUUCAAG